AUGAAAGAAUAAGAAAGUGGGAAUUUAGAAAAAAGAAUCAAGCUCAUUGAAUAUAGAAAUGGUAUAUACUAAGGUAUGAUACACCCUAAUGAGGAUAGAACUAAUUUAGGUAUAUACACAUGGGAUAGUGGUGAAGUUUAUUUUGGAGAAUGGAAGCAUGAUAUGUUAGAUGGAGAAGGUAUUCUCUUCUUUCCAUUUGGAGGUUUUAUCCAUGGAUUCUUUAUGAAAAAUAAGCUAAAUGGAGCUGCAUUUUUCAAAUUUUCAAAUGGAGAUAUUUAUGAAGGCUUCUGGAGAAAUGGUAAAUUAGAAGGCAAUUGUUACAAAUAUUUUUGUGACGAAGAGAGAUGGAUUCUCUCUGAUUAUAAGAAUGGCGAAUUCAAAAAAAUAAUUUCAAAAGGCGAUGGUCAACCUCCUUCAUAUGUAUUUAACUACAUAACUUCAACUUCAGAUAUAGCAGUUAAGCACCAAGACGACACAUUCUAAUAAGAUGGUCUUAAAAUAGAAGCUAUUAAUUUUAACGAUGGAGGAUAGUAUUUAGGAUUAAUUAAAAAUAGCAUGCCAACAAGUUUAGGUAUCUUUAAAUAUUCUGAUGGCAAAUACGACGUUGGAUACUAUAAAGAUGGCAGUCUUGAUGGAUUAGGAAGAUUGAAUUUGCAUAAUGGAGAUGUUUUUGAUGGAUUUUUAUAGAAAGGAUUAUUCAAUGGUAUUGGUGUUUUCUUUUAAAAAUAAAGCUGCUCAUGGAUAUAUGGAAACUUUGAAAACAAUAAAUGUGUCAAUAUUCUUAAAAAAGGAUAGGGAGCUUUUCCAAUUGAAAUAAUAGAAAAAUUCAGAUCUGAGAAUCAUAGAAAAGCUAAAAAAUAUAUUGACAAGAUUACUCCUUUAGACGUUUAUUUUGCUCCUAUGUACAAUCACAUCCCAAUAGGUCCUGAAAAGCAUAAUUUUUACUUAGAUUUAAGUAUUACUAACCAAGCAAAUCUUUCUAAUAAUGGUGGAUCUUAAUAAAAAAUACCUGAGUAAUUACCUAUGAAAAAGGUUUUGCCUAAAGAUCUCACUUCAUCUGACUACCAAUCACCUCCUUAGAAAAGAAGUUAAUCAAAAGGUAAAACUUAGUAAGUUCCUUUGAAAACUCCUUCUGUUUCAUCAUCAUUAGUGAGUUCAGCAAAUAGAUAAGAUAACUAAAACCUCAAAAAAGAUAGAUAAUCAAGCAAAUCAAUAGGUAAAUCACAAACUAUGCAAGCUUAGUAAUAAAACCCUAAAAUAUUCGUCUCUUAAUCAUCAUAGGGAUAAGAUUUAAAGUAGUCAUAAUAGCAAUAACAAGAUAAAAAGUCAAAUUCUAAGAAAGAAGUUCCUAAAAAAUAAAAUUUAGUUUCUCCCCCUCCAAGAUAAGGUAGAUUAGGUGCUCAGUAAUAAUAGUCAAAUCAAUCUUCAGCCAAAAAAAGCAACUUAAAAAAAGCUAAACAAAAUUCCUCUAACUCUAACAAGCAAAGGUCCAGAUAGUCAUCUGUCUCAAAAAUUUAAAACGAGAAAUAAGAGAUAGAUUAACAAAGUAUUCAUGACUAUGACAAUAUGGUGAAGUUAAUGAGCUAGCAUUAAGAAGGUUAAAUUAAUAUAUCAUAAUCUUAAGGGUAGAAUAUAAAUUUUGAUGAAGUAUUUAAUACUGAAAGUAGCCCUAAAUCAUAGUAGAUUUAAUAAAGAGAGUUUAAAUAAUAAAAGAGUUUAGCAUAAAUUAUAGGUAGUGAAGAGAUUGAUGAACCAAAAUAGUUUCCCUACUAAAAAUCUAAAUCAAUGGCAGUAUUUAAUUCUAAGAAAUCAUCCUAAGCUUCUUCUGUCAAGCAGUAAAACAUUCAUGAAAUUGGAAAUGUGUCUAAAAUUUCAGGCAUAGGAUAAAGUGACACUUCAGGAGUUUACAAAGACAAUAAUAGAAGUGGAGUUGCUAAUUAGGGUGAUUUUACAGGGAUUAUUAAACCUAAUAUAUUCGGCAAAAAGUCUUCAAGUGCUCCUAAAUAAGCUAAAUAAGUCUAAAAUAAGCAAAAAGAUGAUAAAUCAGGAACAAACAAUGAGCAAAGCGAUUCUGACUCAAGCUUUAGUUCAUAUAGCAGUGAUAGAGUUGUUAGAAAAUAGACAGCUCCUCCUACAUCUGGUAGAAAAUAGAUUGCUAUAAUAAAGGAAGAAGAGAGAAUGAGAUCAUACUCUGGUACUCCUGCAAAUAGAUUUGUUGAAAGCUAUACAAAUAGAGAUUAUUUUGGCUCUAGAGAUGAUCAAGUUAGUUCUGGAGGUAAAUCGUAUAAAAAUGAAUAGGAUUUAAGAGAGAGCUUGGAAGAAGAAGAAAAUAAAUAGUUUUUGGAAGCAGAAAGAUUGUCAAAAGAAGAAGUUGAGAGUAAAAUUGAGAGAGCUCAUGAUAAGAAAAAUAACGAUUAAGAUGAAGAAUAUGGGCAUAUAAAAAUUAAAGAUAUAAUAAAUGUUGAUGACUAGUCAAAUUAAAAUAGCCAUGUAGGUGAGCAAUCAAGAAAGGGUGCAGAUUCAACACCACACAAUUAGUUUAUCACUAUUCAAAAUUAAAAAAAUAAGCCUAUUCAAAUUUAAAAAAAUGAAUAAAUUAUUUCUGAUAAGCAAGGAUUUAACCAAAUUGAAAAAGAUAAUGACACUCCAAUAAGCAAAAAAUUAGAGGAUUUAUAACACCUAGCAUAAAAUAGAGACAUUCAAAAAAUGUAUUAAUCAAAAAAGAGCAACUCAAUUUUAGAAUUAGAAAAUAUCCGAAACGAAAUAGCCAACUAUGAGCAAAUAGCAUAAUAAGAUUUACCAUAAAGAAGCAAAAAAUCAAAGUAAGGGAAAAAAGACACAUCUAGAGAAACUUCACAUCCUCGUACUCCAUAAUCUAUAGUUACUCCUAAACAUCUACCAAGCUAAUCCCCAAACUUCUAAUAAAGCCCCAUUCUAACUAGUCUACCUAAUCCUAAAAUAUAAUAUUAAUAAGAAGAGGAGCUAGAUCUUGAAGAAUCAGAACAUGUUUUAGACUCAAUAAAGUAGAUAAAGCAGUAAAUGAUUCAUCAAUUGAAUCAUUUAGAAAACAAGCAAAGAGAAGUUACCACUCCUGCAGCAUCAAACUUUAAAUAUAAUAUAGCCCCUAAUUUUAAUAUUCCGAAUGAUGAAAACCACAUCUUAAAAGAUGAUUCCUUAAACUAAGAUAUAUCCCCUCAAAAUCCUAUCGAAAAUUUUGAAUCUCCUUUCAAAAAAGACAGUCUAGUUUAUGAAAGAGAAAAUAGUCAGGGCAGAGGUAGAAGCACCAAUCAUAGCAGAGUAGAAAACAGCAGAAGUUAUAAAUAUUAUACUGAGGAGGAGGCUAACCAGAUAGCCUAAAAGAUUGAACAAAAUCUGGCAUUCUAAGGAGAUUAAACCAAUAAACAAACAAAAGUAAGUGAAAAUGAGAGAGGAGAAAACUUUAUAAAUGAAGAAAGUGUGCAAGUUGGUGACAUUAAUGAGGAGAUUCAAAUCGAUGAUCAAAGAGCCGGUCGUGAAGAUAGAGUUGUAAGAUCAAAGCUAGAAAGAGAUUCAGAAAUGCAUGAUAUUUAAGAGAAAUAAAUAUAAGAUUCUAUUUUAUAAGCAGAAAAACUCAAUUAAAUGCUUGAUGGCAACACAAAUUAACAAAGAUUAAACUAAAUUCAAUCUUAUCAGAGAUAAUAAAACGAAUAAAUGAGACUUAGCGCAUAAGGAUAGUAAGAAUUUUUAGCAUCUUAGAAAAUAGAUGAGUAAAACUAAAAUCAAAAAACUCAAGCAGCAUAAAUUAAUUAAUAAAAUUAAUAAGGUUAAUCUUAAUAAAACAUAAAAAACCAUUCAGUAGCUGCAUCACCAAAUAGUCAAUCUCCAAUAAAUUAAAUUCAACAAAGAUCAAUCAGCCCCCAAAGUAAUUCCUUGAAUUCAAGUCAAAUUACAGCUGGCUAAGUUAUUUAAGUUGUCAAAGAAAUACUCCCCCCAACUUAACAAACUACUAUUUAUUAGAAAAAGCUAAGUGAUAAUGCAAUUUAAUCUACUGUUGUUACUAAAACAAUACAGCCAAUCGUCACAACCAAAAUUAUUUCACCCGUUCGUUCUCGUCCGUCAAGCUAAUCUAACUCUCCUUUAACUAAAUAAAAUUAAAAUGCCCUAUAAAAUAACAGCCCUGGCAAAUUUAAUAGCCAGAUUAUUUCACAGUAAUUACUACCCUAACAAGUACUAGGAUAAUUACAGUCUAUAAUAGGAGGAGGAAAUUCUAAUCAGUAAGGUUAACAACCUGCAAAUUAAAAUAAAAUUUAUUCUGAUAGGACCCAAAAUAGAAUAGUGUAAGCCGUUAAUUAAUAAUGGAAGCAAAAAAAUCCUGAAUUAUUCUAAAAUAUAACACCAAUGGAGUUUUAUUAGAGUAUUGUUCAAAGAUAAAAUAUACUAAAGGACUUAAGUCCUGAACAACUUGAAUAGCUUGAAUAAGACAUAAAAACUUUGAAGCAGAUGAACGUAGCUGAUGACCUUUAGAUAAUUCUAGAAUAAAACAUCUCUAAUGUUACUUCACCUUUGAAUGCAUCUAAUAACACAGAUAUUAAACAUUACACAUUUUAAGGAGAUGAUAUUACUCCCUCUUUGCAAAGAAGAAAAUAAGAAGAAGAAUUAGCAGCUACUGCUGCAAAAACUGCAUUAGAUGUUACCGCAGCUGCUGAAAAGGCUAGAAAGGAGUAUGAAAUCUAGCAGCAACAUCUGCAAAAUCAAUUAGCUUUAACUCAAAAUCACACACUCUUAACUUAAUAAUAAUAGAAAGAAAUAUAAGAACUUAAAAAGUAGUAAGAAGAAUUUAUUAAGCAACAACUUGAAAUACAAAAAUAAUAGGCUGAGUAUUUAGAAAAGCUUUAAAAGUAGCAAGCAUUAAUCAUUUAAUAAGGAGAAGAAUAGCGUAAACGCCAUGAAGAAGAAAAGACUCGCUAGCUUAAGGAAAUAGAGGCUCUUGAGAAAUAAAAAAACUAAAGAAUCAUAGAAGAAGAAGAGAGAUUGAAGUAACUACGUGAUAUGCAAGAAAUGGUGCGCCAAUAGAUAGAAGAUGAUUUACAACGCAAAAAAUUAGAAGAUGAAGAGCACAGAAAGCGCUAGAAAGCUCUCUUUGAUAAAGAAUAAGAAAUUCUAGAUAGAUUGCAAGAUGAAUAGGUAAAACUGUCUUAGCUUUAAUAAGAAUAGGCCAGGCUUUAGGCUUAAGAGUUAGAAAAUAAAAAAGUAAGAGAUAUGUAAUUAAAAAUGGAAGAAGAGCUAAGAAAGAAGGAGGAAGAAAAAUUGGAAUAAUUAAAGAUAUAGUCUGCUUCGCUAAAUGAAGAGAUAAAGAAUAACCAAAGCAGGAGUGAAGAAGAAAGAGUAAAAAUGCAUUAACUGUAGUUAAAAUAUGCAGAAGAUCAAAGAAAAUAAUAGGAAAUCUUAGAUGAAUUAAAUUCAUAAAAAUUACUUAAAGAAAAUUCACAACGUUAACAAGAUAUUAUUUAAUAAUAAGACAUACUUGAAUAGUAGAAAUAAAUUAAUGAGUAACAAUAUGCUUUGUAGCAGGAAUAGCUUAGAAUUCAACGUGAGCGUGAAGAGUUAGAGAUUUUACAAAAAUAGAGAAACGAAGAAUCUUUCAUUAACGAAUAGUAAAGACUUGCUAUUUUACAAUCAAAGGAAUAGGAACUAGAAUAAUAGAUUCGCUAAUAAAAUUAGUCUUUCUUAGCCUAAUAAGAAGAAUUAUAACGCUAAAAGUAAUAACUAGAGAGUUAAAAGCUCGAUCUCAUUUUAGAAUAAGACCGUUUAAAGAAGAAGUCAGAUCUCGAUGAUGCAAAGUUGAAGGAUGUUGAAAAAAAUCUAUAGGAGUAAUUGAGUAAAAUAGAGAAUGAAAAAGACUAGUAAAUAUAAAGAGAUUAAGAAAUAUAAGCAAGAGUGAGACAAGAAUCUAUAAAUGCACAAUAGGAAGAGCUUCAGCGUUAAAAAUAAUAAAUUGAAUUCUAAAAAUAAGAUCUGAUUAUAGAGUAAGAGCGCCUCCGUUAAAAAUUAAAAGAAGAAGAAGAAAAGAGAUUAGAAGCUGAGCGUAUUUUAUAGGAAACGAUUUUGAAGAAGUAGUUAGAAGAUUCAGCAACUGUUUAAUUAAAAAAUUAAGUUGAUUUAGAAAAAUUAGAAUAAUAGAAGUAAAUUGAAAUUAAACUUCGUGAGCAGUAAGAGUAAAUUAAGAGAGAGAAAGAACAAUUAGAGAGAGAGCGCUAGUAAUAGGAAUAUGAAAAGCAAAAGCAGCAUGAAAAGGAGAAAGAGGUUAUUGAGUUACAGAAUGCCUUGAAGUAAAAGUAACUAUUUUUAGAAUAGUAACAGCGAGAAACACAACUUAAAUUAGAAUAGCAGUUUAAAGAAUAGCAAGAAUAGAUGCUUAGAGAAAAAACCGAAAUAGAAAAAUAAAAAAUAAUUCAGGAACAAUAAAAAUAAAAGCAAAUUGAACUUGAACAAGCAGCAAAAUAAUAAGAAGAACGUUUAAAAUAGUAAAAACUAUUAUUAGAACUAGAACAAGAAUAAAAAAAAAGAGAUGCUGAAUAACAGCUUCGUUUCCAACAAGAGCAAAUACAAAAAGAAAAAGAAGAAGUCUAAAAGUAAAAAGAACUUCUUGCUUAAAUGGAAAGAGAGAAAAUUGCUAUGGAGUUAGCUCGCUAGCAAAAAGAACAAGAAGAGCGUAGAAAGAUAGAAGAAUAAGAAAAAAGAGAUAAUUAUUUUAAAAAAGUAGAUGUAUUCACUAAGGAAAUAGAAUCUAGAAGAGGUUACAUAUCACCUCGUUAAUCUUCUCUUGAUAUUCCUCCUUCAACAUAAGUAAUCUUAAAUAAUCCCAGCACUUUAGAAAAUAAAGAUAGUUCUAAUCUUCUUUUCAAGACAAACCAAAGCGCAAGCAGUUCACCUAUUAAUACAAAUCGCUCAGAUAUCGAAACUAUGAUUAGGGAAUCCCAAGCUCGCUUAAAGCAAUCAAUAGCCUAAUCUGUCUAGUAAGUUGAUAAGAUAGGAUAAAUUGUAAAUCCUUAUUAAGAUAUUUCAAUUAAGAACUCAGAAAGUGCAGAGGCUGUGAAAAGAUCGACACAUUAACCAACCACUACAUAAUAUCCUAUAACAAAUACUAAUUUGUAAUAAGAAUCUCAGCCCUAAAAAGACAUUCUUGAGAGUUACUCUCAGUAAAAAAAUAUCGAUUUAUUUAACCAAAUUGACAAAAUAGUGCGUUCAGCUUCUCAAUCUGCCUCCACUUCACCUAUAGGCACUAACAACAAUAAAAAUAACUUUGGAGAUUCUCUAGAUAGACUUAACAGGUUCACUGGCUCAUAAGUUACUUAGUAAACUCCAUCAACAGAAAUAAAGAAUUAGGCUUAGACUGAUCUAGAUUUAUAAAAUAGAGUAAAUCAAAUAUAGAACUAAUCUAAAUCUAGUGAAUCAGUAAUAUCUGCGUUACCUACUCCAAUAAAUUCUGUAUAACCAAUAUAAACAAAAACUACUCAAGAAUAAAAGAAUAGUAGCUACAUACCAACAUCAGAUGAUUUUAGAGGUAGUUUAUUGUUAAAUAACUUAGAAAAAUCUACUCAAAACCAAAUAAGAAGCGAUCUAUUUAAAAGCAUUGAAGGGGUAAAUUCAAUAGUCUCCCCUAAUUCUAAAAACCAAAAUAAAUCAAGCUUUGGAGAUUUUAGUAGCUAGAACUAAUAGCAAAAUAAGGUUUAAGGUGUAAGUGACUACACAUCCUACCAAUACUAAUCUUAAGUAAGCAGUACUCCAAGCAAUCCUAUUUUCCAAAAAAUAGAACCUUCUGCUUUGACUAAUAAUAACAGUGCUAAUAAAUAGCCUUUGGAGAAAAAUAAUUAAUACUAAUUACCAUCUAGUGUUACAUUUAGUGCUCUUCCUUCUGUUACUUCUUAUAUGCCAUUAACCCAAAGUAUUUAAUAAAAUACUGUAUAGGGUGAAGGAUUACUCAAUCGUUUAGAUAACAAAAACGAUAAUAAAAAACAGAAUGCAAAUUCUUAAUAGAAUCCAGUUAGUGAGCAAAUAGUAGACAGUAUUUUGAGUGAACCUUUUGCUCCUUAGCCAACUGCUAAUUUUGAUACCCGCUCUUCAAUCAGCUCAAUCAAAAGAGAGCCUAUUAGUUACCCUGGAAACACAUAUACUGCAUCAGUUAGCGGAAUUCCAAUUUAACCCUAUUCAUCUUGGACUAAUCCAGUAAGCUUGAACUCGAGUGGAGGAACAGCUGCAUUUUUGGGCUUACCAGUUUCAUAGUAAAACAAAAACUCUCAGCCAUAAACUAAUUAAAAUAGUGCCAACUAAACCUUGUUUGUUUCUUUUGGUAAUGAAAAGAUUUUGGGAAGUAAUCCAUUAAAAUCUUCAGUUCCUGGUACUAAUAAGGAUUAAAUUUUGUCAGGACUACCAACAUACACACCAUCAAUAUUGAUGAGCACUUCUUUUAGUAAAUUACCAAACAAUUCGUUCAACUAAGGAGAAAAAGAUAAACAAUCAUCUGUAAGAUCAUCAGGAGCAGUCUCUAACGAGUAUAAGUAAGCCCUCUAUUAAAAACAAAAUAUCAUUCCAGCAAGCGAUUAACUUACUGCUGGUGCCCUUAAAAGCAAUCCUACUACUUAUGUUUCUAAUUAAAAACCUUCAAUAAAUAUUGGUAAUAUUAACCAAGGUUCUUACACUACUUCUUCUUUAACUGGAGUCGAUGCUUACAUUCCACUUACUACUGGUGCUUCUGCUCUGAUUUCGCCCAGAACUCAAGAAUUAAAUUCCUACAAGAUCACCACUUCAGCCCUAGUCCCAAGUAGCAGAUAAGUUGUAAUUGGUAAUCCCAGUAGUAUUGAAACUUCAGAUUAGAAAUAUAAUAAACGCUUAUCAAUAACGAGUGAUGUCAUCGAAGAAGAUCCAAAGCGCAGCAACAACUAAGAUAGUGCUUCAAAGCUCGGAAACAAUACGCUAAAUUCUUCUGCAGGCUUUAUCGGUUACAAGAAAAAAAUAAAAAUACAGCCAUCUCCAUAGGUGAUAAAGGAAACACAUCUUCCUGUAAUUCGCAGUAAUUCCAAUAAUAAUAGCAAAGAUUCAUCAUUUUUCCUUAAUAACAAUUCUUUUUCAUAAAAUAAUCCAAAAAUACCAAACCCUACUUCUGUAGCUGCAGGUAAUAAUAACUAUAUAUUGAAUAAUUCUUUCAGCAACUUAAAUAACUCAUUUUCUGGUGCACCUAAAGACACAAUUACAGCUGGAACAAAUUUCAAUAAUUUUUUGAAUAGCUCAUUCACUGAUGAGAAAUCUAAAUAACAAAGAAAUACUCUUGACAAACUUAAUAAAUAAGGCUAAUUAAAUUAGGUAAAUGGUUUAAUUAAGAGUGGUGAAUCAUAAUAAUCAUAAUAAAAAAUUUCUUAAUUCAACUCUCCUUAAUCUUAAAAGAUAGCUAGCCAACUUGCCUCUACUUAGAAUCUGAAUCGUUUUGCAUCACCUUAAUCAGAUACUUCGAGAGGAUCUGUUUCUUUAACAAAAAAAACUAAUGUCACUGUGGUGCAUACUCCAGGAACAGAAGGUGCUAUAUCCUUAGUUAGAGCCAUCUAAAAUACUUACACUUAUAACGAACCUACUCAUAACGAUGAUAGUUUCCACAAUAGCAGUUUUAACAAUUUGAACAAAUCACUUCUCGAUUCCCAGGCCUCACAAUAUUUGGUAUACAUUUGA